AUGGCGUAUGCCCUUAAGGUUGUGGCUGGUUCGCACCCUGCGUUGAUGCUGCCUGGUGGUUGCGCGGAUGGCGUACUCUCAACAGUGAACGUAGUUGAAGCAUUACAAGAGUUCUGGCAACUCAAGGCAUCGAGAAAUGGCAACACAGCGAGCGGUGGUAGUAGCGCGCUAGUCAUCUACGAAUCAGUACCGGCUGCGCACCCGCCAUAUGUCUGCUAUGUGACUCUGCCUGGAGGAGCUUGCUUUGGCAGUUUUCAGAACUGUCCAACAAAAGCGGAGGCUCGCCGCAGUGCUGCGAAGAUAGCACUUAUGAAUAGUGUGUUCAAUGACCAUGAGUCCAGGCGGAUAUCCGAUAACUUCAUUGAGAAGGCCGUGGCGGAAGCACGCGCCUCCUUCGCGGGGGACGCUGGCUCCCAUCACCAGGAUCCGAAUGCUGGGAUUGCCGCUUUCAGAUUUAUGCUGGAAGCGAACAAAGGGCGUACAAUGCUGGAGUUCCAGGAAUUGAUGACAGUAUUCCAGCUACUACAUUGGAACGGAUCGCUCCGCGCAAUGCGCGAAAGACAGUGCUCAAGACAAGAGGUGGUCGCGCACUAUUCAGCGCGGGCACUCGACGAUGCCAUGCGCGAGCAAAUGGCCAGGGAAUGGGCAUCUAGGGAACGCGAGGCAGCCGCUGGAGGUGGAGUCAUAAGGAAUGAGCUCGCCCGUGCGGAAAGGGAGCUCCGUGCUGCCAGGGUGGCUGCCAGGGAACUCCGGUUCCCUAAAGAAAAACGGGACAUACUCCUACAAGCUGCUCGCCUCGCCCCUAGUAGUGAUCUCACCGCGCGGAAGUAA